GGCAAGGGGAUUCAAUGCGAGAAAGACGAAACAUGAACAGACUUUGAUAAGUAACCUUACAAUAGUUUCAGUUUGUAACGAAAUGACAUGUAAACCGUUUUUGAUCUCAACUUUAUCGCUAAAUUGUGCAACAUUUUUUAACUUAAUGAAAUCAUUCCGAAGAAAUUAGUUAGUUGCUUAUCUAAAAAUCACACUCGCCUAUAAACUGUAUUAUAGGCGAUACAGGCUAACUGUCUUUUUCGACCUUUGUCCUAUUCCAGCUAUCCUAUAAAACGUAGUUGUUGUUUUUUUGUUGUUUGUUUUUUUGUUUUUUGAUAGCCCGAAAAUUAUGAAAGGUACGAACGUUAUUUGGGAUUUAUAGCCUAUCGCUCUGUCAUUUUCAUUUUAAAAGCUGUUACGAGUACUAACUGGGUCGUUGUCAUGUCGGUCGCAAUCAGCUUGUUUGACUUGGUUAACCUGUCGGUCGGUACGCCUGACGUCGGGGCGGUCAACUUCAAUGCAUUGCACACCCUCCUCCACGCAGUCGUGAAGCACCUGGAUAUCCAGAAUGUGACCGCGGAAUGGAUGGGAGAGAACGGGGGCCGCAAACCCCCAGACCCUUCCCAGCAGAUGACCCCUCCACGGGGGAAGCCCAGCCCUUACCAUCAUAUGGAGGGCAAGUUGAGAGAGAUCGAGAGACAGAUUUCCGCUUUUGAAACACUUCCCAGUGCGACCGACCUCCUAGCUCGAACCGGCUCCGGCACCGGCACCGGCACCGCACCGGUCAGCGACAUGUGGCAACUGAUGCAGCUCCACAGAAAAGUGCAAGCCAGCGAGGAUGGCGUGUCCAAGGCCAUGGCGCUGAUCCAGGAGCUGCUGAAGGAGAUCCGGGACCUGAGGGCGUCUCGGGACGGCCUCCAGGACGAGGUGCGGGGCCUGCACGAGCAGAUCGCUCAGCUCCACGUGGACAGGCUGAAGGACAGAGUCACCGCUCUGGAGAAAUGCUCCCACCAAGUGGCCAGUCUGGAGAAGGACAUGCGGGAGCUGCAGGAGAGGCUGGCGGGAUGCCCGGACCGCGAGGAGCUGACCCGCUUCGUCGGCUGGGACGUCCUGCAGGGGGCGCUAGUGGACCCGCAGGACCUUCCCCCUGUGUCCCGCGCCUCCCCCCCGGCACGACCGGAGCUGGGUGGCGGGGGCGGAGGAGGGGGCGGGGGCGGGGCGGGGCGUCACCAGGAGACGGUGGCAGCCCUGCGGCGGUUGGGCGGGCUGGGGCAGAGGCACGAGGCUCUGGAGGACAGGGUGGGCCUCCUGGAGGAGGCCAAGGCCGACCUCGCCCAGCUGGACCAGCUCCGCGACAUGCUCACUGACGUGGCUGGCAGGGAGAUUCCGGCGGACCUGCUGGAGCAGAUCGGUGAGCUGAGGACGCUGCUGGACAGCCUGACCGCAGAGAGAGACAAGAACUCAUCGUUGAUGAGCGACACGCAGGCGGGCAUCCUGCAGGUGCGGUCGGAGUGUGAGAGGCUGCGAGCGGAGUGUGAAAGACUCCGGGCGGAGUGCGAGAGGCUGCGGUCGGAGUGCGAGAAGCUGCACGCCACCACCUCCCGCCUGGCCAACGAGCAGAGCCAGAGACAGCAGCUCAUCGAGCAACUCUCCAAGACGUUGGAGGAGGUGGAGGAAAAGAAGGCUGACAAGGACCAUGUGGAGAUGGAGAUCGACGUUAAAGCAGACAAGCAGGCCCUGGAGGCGAAGGUCAGCCGGGUGCAGUUUGACUCCAUGACGGAGCAGCUCAGCACCAUGUUCCAGGACCUCCUCAGCAAGGUCUCCGGCCAGGAGCAGGACUGGCACAAGGUCAUCCAGAAGAUCUCCACGGAGAUGGAGAACAAGCUGAACCGGAUCGAGCUGGACCCCCUGAAGCAGCAGCUGGAGGAGCGCUGGAAGACCAUCCGCCGGCAGCUGCAGGCGCCGCCCGCCCCGGACCUGGACGACGCCGCGGGGAUCAAGAGGCAGCUGGUGGCGCGGUUCCACUGUAUCUCCUGUGACCGGCCGGUGGACAUGAUGACUCCAGGACCUCACCUGGUGACGGUCCCUGCAGCCCCAGGCUUCCCGUCUCACCGGAGCUCCAGGCCAUACACGGUGUUUGAGCUGGAGCAGGUCCGGCAGAACUGCAGGAGUGAUAAGAUCCCGGAGAUGGCGGAUUACAGCUACCUGGCGCGGAGCUGCGGGGGCAGCCACACCCUGACCUACCCCAACCGCCGCUACACACGCCUGCAGCACAUCGCCCAGUUCAUCCAGGAGGGAGAGGAGGUCCCCAGCCCCGUCGUCACCGGGUCCUCACUGCGCAUCCACGAGGAAGUGGACAUCCUUGGGCUGGAUGGACACAUAUAUAAGGGCCGAAUGAACCCCAAAGCCAUCAAAGGCCUGGAGGCCCGGCUGCCCACCAUCUCUGCUAAAGAAGGAUUCUUGAGGAGCAAAGACAAGACAAGCCGCUCGCAGUCGCAGAAGAGCGGUGCCGAGCCGGCCCGAGCAGUGCCAGUGCGCCCCCAGAGCGCCCGGACCCACUGGAGCCAGUCCGCCUCAGUGAGCUCCCUGAGGGACCGCCCCAUGUCGUCUUUGGGCUGCAUGUCCCAUAGCCCCGCCCCCCAGACCCCUGCCCCCCCAAGCUCCGCCCCCCAGGGCCUCACCCCCCCAAGCUCCGCCCCCCUGGGCCUCACCCCUACGGACCCUGCAGGAGAGGCUCCGCCGGGAUUGGUUCUCCACGUGGACCUCGGCCAAUCAGGCGAGGAAGAGCCAGUGACAACGCUGUAGCUGCCACACAAUCGUAUGUAAGGGUGACGGGGGUGGUGACUGAGAGAAUAUUUAUAAUAUUUAUAAGCAAUCGCUGCAUUAUGAGAGAGUAGAAUAUGUUACUUUUAAAAGCAGGCAGAACCUGAUCGUUUGCAUUACCCCGCCCCCCAUAACACUGGCUGCUGUGUGGACGUCUGUCAAACGGUAGACGCAGGGAACAAUCCCCAUGUUGAGAUGGCAUUACGCUCAUAAAGUAUUGUGCAUUGCUGGAGCAUCUGGUGUCUUGAACUGUGUGCCUAUCCCUUUAAAUACUCUGCCAGAACUGUGUGUCUACCCCUUUAAAUAUCCCACCACCAGAACUGUGUGUCUGUCCCUUUAAAUAUUGUCUGCAAACAAAAUGCUGUAUAUCGGAUACGUAUUGCAAACGUAGAAGUAUCUCAGAAUCACAUGAUUAUCCUUUUAUAUAUCGCAUCAUAUCCUUCUCUUCCAACACUUUUAAAUAACCCAUUGAGACUUGGUGGGCAUUUUAUCAAACGUCACGUCAACAGUAGGGUGCAGUGUGAGCCUCAGGGUGUGUUCCAGAAGAGGCCCUAAUCGGACGGUAGGGGUGAGAGUGUUCCAGAAGGGGCCCUAAUUGGACGGUACGGGUGAGAGUGUUCCAGAAGGGGCCCUAAUCGGGCGUGAGGGGUGAGAGUGUUCCAGAAGGGGCCCUAAUCGGGCGUUAGGGGUUUGAGUGUUCCAGAAGAGGCCCUAAUCGGGCGUUAGGGGUGUGAGAGUUCCAGAAGAGGCCCUAAUCAGGCGUGAGGGGUAUGAGUGUUCCAGAAGAGGCCCUAAUCGGGUGUUAGGGGUGUGAGUGUUCCAGAAGAGGCCCUAAUCGGGUGUGAGGGGUAUGAGUGUUCCAGAAGAGGCCCUAAUCGGGCGGUAGGGGUUUGAGUGUUCCAGAAGAGGCCCUAAUCGGACGGUAGGGGUGAGAGUGUUCCAGAAGAGGCCCUAAUCGGACGGUAGGGGUGAGAGUGUUCCAGAAGGGGCCCUAAUCGGGCGGUAGGGGUUUGAGUGUUCCAGAAGAGCCCCUAAUCGGGCGUUAGCGGUGUGAGUGUUCCAGAAGAGGCCCUAAUCGGGUGUUAGGGGUGUGAGUGUUCCAGAAGAGGCCCUAAUCGGGCGUGAGGGGUAUGAGUGUUCCAGAAGAGGCCCUAAUCAGGCAUGAGAGGUGUGAAUGUUCCAGAAGAGGCCCUAAUCGGGCGGUAGGGGUUUGAGUGUUCCAGAAGAGGCCCUAAUCGGGUGUGAGGGGUGUGAAUGUUCCAGAAUAGGCCCUAAUCGGGUGUUAGGGGUGUGAGUGUUCCAGAAGAGGCCCUAAUCGGGUGUUAGCGGUGUGAGUGCUGGAGAGGAGGCCCUAAACGGGCGUUAGCGGUGUGAGCACGCUGUGUCAGCUCGCCGGGGCAGAUGGCGAGUGUUGUGUGAAGAGUAUGUCGGCACCACCGAUGGGUAGCCGUGGAAACGGGGCAGGGGAGAACGCGUGUCUAUAUAUACUGUGAAGGACAAAAUGUCUCCUCUGAGAAACCAGAGUGUCGCUCAACACCCGCCCGGGUUCCUCAUAGGCUUUAAACAGGGUUUGGGUUCCCUCUGGGAAGUCAUAGGUUAUGCAAGACAAUGGGCCUAUUUAUUCUCCGUAGUUUCACAGAUAUGCAUGAGUUCACUUUAGCCUGCUGUUGCAUCAGCUUGGUGUUUUUUCACCCCUGUACUAAUCAGCAGAACAGCAAAAAAAAUAAAGAUUGUUAAAUCUGAAUAAAAUGAGGAAUGUGGUUAUGAAAGCUGCAUCCUUAUUUCAGUCACUAUCAGCAUGUUAUUGUGUCACUGCAGCCUGAAAACUGUGUUUCAAUAA